UACAGAUCACUAAAAUAAAUAAAAAUUUAGAUUCUUUUCUUAUGUUCUAACAUAUGUAAUUAUUACUUCAGUAGAUUCUAAUAUUUAUUUUAUAAUCAUACAUUAUUACUACUUAGGUAACAAUACAGACAUAUAUAAAUUUUCACUAUUUUUUACUGUCAUUACAUGCACAAGUGCUGUUUUUUAUUAACAAGAGAACUGAGCAAAGCAUAUCAAUACUUUUGUAUCAGCAAUAUGAGUAAGUUUUUGUUUAUUAAGACUUUGUUAUGUUCUCAUCAGAGUUUGUUAAGUUCUCACGAUGAAUUAAUUCGAAUAAUGGAAAUAAUUGACCGUAGCAAAGAGAUUUAUUCGUAUUGUGUCCACUCUCGUAUACAGCAAGGAAAAAAAAAAUAAAAUAAACAUGAAGAGCGGCUCUUAUCAGUUUCACAAGAUUUUCCACAUACAACCUUACCACAACUCCGCAUAAAACGUAAACAAAGUAUCCAGACUUCGUAAUCGAUUACAAAGUGCAAAGCUAUCAGCUAUUCGUCAUCGAUGGGGUAAGGAAAGUCUGGGCCAUCUGAAAAAGCGGCGACCGUAAACCAUAACAUUCACAAGUACUUUCUGGUAUACCAGUUUGUACAAAAUUUGCGUUUGGCGAAAGGAAAAUCAUGCCAGAAGUUCUUGGCGCAACGGUUCUCUAUGAUUGGGUGAAUUUCUUCAGUUCCCCCGGCGGGUUUUAACGUCGGUGAUGGUUUUAUCCGCCCGGAAAGCUUCACGACUGCACUUGGUGUAUCAUAGCAGAAGAGUAGCGCCAUCUUGCGGUUAGUAGGAAUUUCGCGAAGGCCGUCGAAAACGUAGAUUAGUUUGUGGCAGGCCUUGAGCGUGAUUUUUUGUUUGUUAUGAUGAGUCUUGCUGAAGUGUGAAUUGUUUGACAUUUCUUGCCUUCUCUUACACAAUUAAGUUAUUUUUUGACUGUUAGUAUGGUUAAUUCUUGCAGUGCAUACGGAUGCAAAAAUCGUAAUACUAAGGGAAGCCAUUUAACUUUUCACAGAUUUCCAUUGAAUAAUACACAUCUUCUAAAGCUGUGGUUAUACCAAAUAAAACGUGGUACCUGGGAACCAUCAAAAUACAGUGUUAUUUGUUCAGAACAUUUUACUGAAGAUUCUUUUGUUGUCAAAGGAGUUCAGAAAUGCAGGAGAACAUUAAAAAGUGAUGCAUAUCCGACAAUAUUUUCAUUUGCAAAUUAUGGUGAGCAGAUUAAAAGAAAAGGAAAAGGAAAAACGUCUGAAGAUGUAAAUAUGACUGAAAGUGAAGGGAAUUCAGCUAAUAAGGCUCAUUUGGAAGAGCAGGAAACAGCAUCUUCAAAAUAAUGCUGUAUGAAGCACAAUGCAGUUAUAGUGUGAUUUCUUAAAAUCAUUCAUUAUUUUUCUUUAAUUAGAUGUUUAUUUUAAUUUCAUUAAAAACAAAAUUGAAAGUUUCAUAUUUCUAGAAAUAAAUUUAAAGUGCAUUUAAGAAAGAAAUACUUGUUUUAAUUGUUUCAGCUAAGAGUAUAAUAUUUUGUUCACUUGACUAUUUUAAAAUCAGUUUAUGUUACAAGAAAAUUGUAUGAUGUUAAUGAAUGAGUUUAAGUAGCUUUAAAAUUACAUUAGAUCAAUUAAAAAUGUUUAUGAUUUCAGAAUUGUAACAAAGUGUUUAACAAAGUUGCAAGACUUAAAAAUUAACUUCUUUCAUGAUAAGUAUGCUUAUAAUCAAAUUAAUCAUUGCUAAAAUUAGAAGUUUUAAUUAAGAUUGCUAUUAGAGUAAAUGAUUUUAUUUAUUUGCAGUAUGCUGUAUUUAUUUUUAAAUGUUUUGCAUAGAUGUUAAUAAAACUUAUUCAUUAGAAAUAGGUGGUAAAAGUAUAUUUUAGGGUACCCCUUGGCGAUUUUUGGCGGUAUAUGGAUACCAAGUUUGUGCAAUUCUUUGACUUAUUAUUUUGGCUUGCAUAACAGUAAUUUUUCCGUCAAAAAUUGCUGCUACACAAAGAAUUGCACAAACUCGGUAUCCAUAUAACCAUCGAUCUAUUUUCACUUUAAAAAAAAAACCCCAAAUUGCACAAAAAUGGCAUUGCACACUCCCUUGACUUUAUCCAUGUACAUGUCG